UAAGGACCAGGAUGUGGCGGUUGCUUCUCGGGAUGUGUCUCGGGGCGGCGGCGGGAACCGGGAUUCGGAGCGCGCCCCCGGGAAACGGGAGCGCGCCCAACGUCAUCAUCCUCCUCAUGGACGACAUGGGCUGGGGGGACCUAGGAGUCUUCGGGGAACCGUCCAGGGAGACCCCAAACUUAGAUCGAAUGGCUGCUGAAGGAAUGCUGUUCCCAAACUUCUAUGCUGCCAACCCACUGUGUUCCCCAUCCCGUGCUGCAUUACUAACUGGCCGUCUCCCCAUUAGGAACGGUUUCUACACCACAAAUGCUCACGCUCGAAAUGCGUACACACCACAGGAGAUUGUGGGAGGAAUUCCCAGUUCAGAAAUCCUUUUGCCAGAACUCCUGCGGAAGGCCGGAUAUUCCAGCAAAAUCGUUGGGAAGUGGCACUUGGGGCAUCGAGCCCGAUUCCACCCCCUCAGGCAUGGAUUUGAUGAAUGGUUUGGGGCUCCAAACUGUCAUUUUGGACCGUACAACAACAAGGACAAACCUAACAUUCCCGUUUACAGCAACUCAGAGAUGGUUGGCAGGUAUUACGAGGAGUUUCAGAUUGACUUAAAAACUGGAGAGUCCAACCUCACUCAGAUCUAUUUACAGGAAGCAAUUGGGUUUAUCAGGCAACAGGCUGCAAGGAAGCAGAACUUCUUCCUUUAUUGGGCAGUUGAUGCAACUCACGCUCCAGUCUAUGCAUCAAGAACUUUCCUGGGAACAAGUAAGAGAGGCUUAUACGGGGAUGCAGUCCGUGAGAUAGAUGACAGCAUUGGGAAAAUCCUACAGGAGCUCCGCACACAGGACAUCACCAACAACACAUUCGUGUUUUUCACAUCAGACAAUGGGGCUGCACUCAUCUCAGCCCCCAGUCAAGGGGGCAGUAAUGGUCCAUUCCUGUGUGGAAAGGAGACAACAUUUGAGGGAGGAAUGCGGGAGCCAGCGAUUGCCUGGUGGCCAGGACACAUACCUGCAGGACAGGUCAGUCAUCAGCUGGGCACUGUUAUGGAUCUGUUCACGACCAGCCUGACCCUGGCUGGGCUUCAGCCACCAACUGACCGGCAAUUGGACGGAAUUGACCUUUCACCUGUGCUGUUGCAGAAUAAAAUUAUCAGCAGGCCAGUGUUUUACUAUCGAGGGAACGAGCUGAUGGCUGUGCGGUUCGGACAGUACAAGGCACAUUACUGGACAUGGACUAACUCCUGGGAGGAAUUGCAACAGGGAAUUAACUUCUGCCCAGGACAGAACAUAACGGGUGUCACAACACAUGAUCAACAGGACUGCACCAUCCAGCCUUUGCUCUUCCACCUUGGGAGGGAUCCUGGAGAGAGAUAUCCCAUCAGGUUUUCCCACCAGGAGUAUGAGAUGAUGAUGAGAAAGAUCACAAACAUUGUGCAAAACCACAAAACCUCCCUGCUGCCAGGAGAGCCACAACUCAAUGUCUGUGACCGGGCUGUCAUGAAUUGGAAACCUCCGGGUUGUGAAAAGCUUGGCAAAUGUCUGAAAAUUCCCCGAUCUAACCCAUGGAAAUGUAACUGGCCGCAUUAACAUCGCUGACAGGGAUCAAAUUUAUACUGUUCACACUGGUCUCUAGAGAGUCCGAAUCAACAUCCCCAGGAGAAACAUACCCGAGUGAGAGUCAGCACCUUCAGGAACUGUCCCCCAGUGAGUGUCAACACCUUCAGGAACUGUCCCCCAGUGAGAGUCAGCACCUUCAGGAACUGUCCCCCAGUGAAAGUCAGCACCU